UACAAUUAUUUCUAGAUAUAUCACAACAAUAAAGAUCUCUAAAAUGGGCCUCGAUAACGGCGCAAGCGCUACUAUCCAUAAAGUGGAAGAGGCGAACCUCAUAGCUGCCUUAGAGGAAGCCGUUCAAGCUGGCCUUCCCGGCAUUUCUUGCACCAUUGCUACAAAGAAAGGUGUUAUAUGGCAGGGCUGUGCCGGAGAUGCAGAUAUCGACACUGGCUCACCCAUUGAGGAGCGGCAUCUGUUUGGGAUCGGCAGCAUCACAAAAGUAUUUAUGAGCGUCAUCGCAUUGCAACUUGUCGAGGAAAACCGGCUGGACCUGGGGAGAAAUAUUGGAAGUUAUCUUGAUUCAGCCGUUACGGAUGGGAUAGCGAAUGCAGCGUCUGCAACGAUACCUUCGCUACUGAACCACACGAGUGGAAUUGCAAGCUGGGAGGACGAUCCGGUGUGGAUCCGGGAAGGGAGAGGGCGAGACGUUGACCCGGCGCGGAUCUGGGGCAAAACAGAUGCCUUAGAAUAUAUUCGUUCCAAAGCCGCUCAAGAAGAGCAAUCAAUAGCGGACGCCCCGGUGCCGGGAAAACACUCGUACAGCAAUACAAACUUCACCUUCCUUGGCCAUGUCAUCGAGGCUGUUACGGGAAACCCCGCAGAAACCGAGAUCCGCUCACGCAUUAUCAAGCCCUUAAGCCUCGAGUCCAUAUACCUCGAAGGCUUUGAGAAAUCUACAGCGUGCCUCGUUCCGCACCGUUACCACUUCGUCAGCCCGGAAUUCCGCGAGACGGCUGGCGUCUCGCCUCAGUUUCCUUUCGCAAAGCCGGAUCUCAUUGACGCGAGCAAGUCAAAUCUUUCCGUCGAGUGGGUAGCAGGCGGCAUGCUUUCGAGCAGUGCAGACCUCGCAAAAUUCUUCUUGGCCCUUCGUGAUGGGAGGCUGCUUACGCCGUCCAGUAUGAAGCUCAUGGCCACCUGGAUACCGACAGGAAGACAGGGCUCAGAAGUUUCCCAUGGCUUAUUUCGCACCGACAGGAAGAAUGGGGCUACAAUUGGCCACGAUGGGGGCGUGCUUGGGUUCACGGCGUUUGCGUGGUGGGCGGAGGAGGGCGAUUGCGUCGUUACUGUCCUUUGCAAUGUUGGGGUCAUGCACUGCGGAAAAGAAUUGCCCGCGCCAAUUAUCGGACGUGGAGAUACGUUUGUAGACUUAGCAAAGGCGCUGGCAAAUAGGUACAAUCUUGCCUCAUGAGUAGUUUAGAGAGAAUGAUGAAAGCUUUAUUCAUGCG